UUCAUGAUGGAAUUGAAUUUGAACUGAACCAUCUCAACACCAACAUCGGUGAUCUGAUGAUCUUUGAAUUCUACCAGUCAAACCACACUUUGACACAGUCAAGCUUUCAAUCUCCAUGCACACCGUUGCAGCAAUUUGAUUCUGGCUUUACCCGAUUCAAUCCCUCAAAUCGCUCAGGCCUAUUAAUGUCAUUCACUGUCAACUCUCUGAAUUCCCAGUGAUUCUUUUGUCGACAGAUUCACCCAACCUCUCACUGCCAUGCAGGCAUGGUAUUUGCUCUCAACCCUGGUGAUCAGAUGGAGCAAUUCCUGGCAAAUGUGAAAGAGAAGCAUGAAACUACAACCUCAAACUCUGUUCUAGAAACUAGCUUUCCAGUCAUGACAGUCAUCAAUUUCCCAGCAUCAGCGGGCCUCAUAACUGAAUACUGUGAAACUGGCUUUUCAACUAUGACAGCCAGCAAUUUCUUAGCUUCAACAGGCUUCAUAACAACAGCAAUGGCAAUGCCAACAGGAUUCUAUGAGAGUUGAGCAAGCAGCAGCAUCAGCAGCACUUGACACUCAACCACAAGAAGAUCAGAAGUGUCUAUGCCUCGGGCUGUUUCAUUUACUGGCAAUGAAAGCCAGGCUGUUUUUCCACAUCUGAUGCUACUUGUUGUCUUUGUGUUUAGUAUGAUUUUAGUGCUUUGAACAGCUUUUAUUGUACCCAGGUAUAGCAAUCAAUACUUUGAAAUAUAAAAUCUGCCACUAUGCUUAUCUCUCAG